UUUUACGGUGGGCGGUGCUUGGUGUUGCUACAGCACCCGUCUUUUUUGUCGAUGUCGAGUGCGACUGAAAACUGGAAAGUCCCUGACAGUAAAGCGAGGGUUUCCGGGAGGAACUACUAUUAGUUUGAAUGAGGGUUGUCGGGCCUUUCUUCGCCUGGCUUCACUUCAUGGAUUUCAAGAGCCUGAUUCGUGUGUAUUUCUAGCCUAAAAGCGACUGUUCCAGCUAGCUAGUCGGAGCGAGCUAGCUCUUUGUGUGGCUAGCGGCUAGCUCGAGGGAUGUUGUGCUGUUGAGUCGAAGGCACACUUCCCGUCGUCGGGGAGAGGAGGACAGACGUCAUCCGUUUGUGUUGGAAAGCCGCCGCUGCUCAUAAGAACAUCAGUGAAAGAAGUGGCCUGUGAAAUAUUCGCUGUGUUACGUAAGAGAAACGACGCCGAGGGAAACAGAAGGAAGGAGUUCGGCCGAACAUGGGAAACUGCCUCAAGUCGCCAACUUCGGACGACAUGUCGUUGCUCCACGAAUCUCAGUCGGACCGGGCCAGCUACGGAGACGGCGCCGACCCCGACCUGGAGCCGCCGCCCCCUUACCAGGAGCAGAUCCACAUUCCAGUCUACCACCCAACACCCAGCCAGGCCCGACUAGCCACCCAGUUGACAGAAGAAGAGCAAGUGCGCAUCGCCCAGCGUAUCGGGCUGAUCCAACACCUUCCGAGGGGUGUUUUCGACCCUGGGCGGGACGGAUCUGAGAAGAAGAUCCGAGAGUGCGUCAUCUGCAUGAUGGACUUUGUGUAUGGGGACCCCAUCAGGUUCUUGCCCUGCAUGCACAUCUAUCACAUGGACUGUAUUGACGACUGGCUGAUGAGGUCCUUCACCUGUCCGUCCUGCAUGGAGCCGGUGGACGCCGCGUUGCUCUCCUCCUACGAGACCAACUGACACACACCUGCACGUGCCCGCACACACACACACACACACACACACACACACACACACACUUGUGGACCACGCUUGACACAAACACGCAUAGACUGCACACUCGUGGACAUAUCCAGGAUUAGUAAAGAUGGAAGCAAGCGUUCACGAGUGGGCCUGCUGGUCAGGAUUGUGUCUGGGAGAGUGAAAGACACUGCGGACCAGGAAGCAGCGGACAGCUGAAAAAAGAACAAAAGGUUACCGAGACAGUCUUACUGUCAUAUACCUUAAACUAUUCACAAAAAGUUUGGGAUAUUGGGUUUACAGGUGAAAUUUCUGGAUGAACCUAAAAUGCACUCUAAUCUUUACACUUUAUUUGACAUUCUCUAAAGUUUUGAAUGUAUUUGUCCACCUGUUCAAUGUUUUAGUACUUUUUGUACAACUUGCUGUUCUCUAACAAGGAUACAUUUCUUGGUUGGAUUUCAAUUUGUAUUUAAAUAGUCCGUCAUUCCAUUCACAUUUUGACAUCAUGAGACCAAGACUACUCCAAACAAUUGAUCAAGACUACCUCGCCAUUGCAGCUUCAAACAGGAAGUUGUCAGAGGGAAGUGGCCACUAAGCUUCGAUUGUCAUCGGGAAGUUACAACAGAGAUACAGAGACUGGAAGAGCCAUAGAAAGGCACAGAAGUGGACAGCCGUGGAGGUUUUCAUGGAUCAAAUACCUGUUGUGAAUUUUGCUGUUUAACCCCAUGAUGGACAAAAGUGAGUUGUGCGAAACGUAGUGAAACAUUUGGACAUGUGCAUUCAGAAGUUUACAGAAAGGCAAAUAAGGUUCACCUGUCAAGGUUAUAGUCAAUUUUAGGUUCAUCCUGAAAUUUCAAAGCUCAAUAUCCCUAACUUUUUGGGAGCAGUUUAUCUUUGACGUGGACUGAGACAGCACACAAGAUGGCCUAUCUGCCCACUGUGCUGUUUCUCUUCAGACUAACUCGGAUCCUUGCCAAGAUGAGGUCGAAGAAACAACAGUCUUCAAGAGCCUCUAAAAUGGACCCCAGCUGCGAGCUGCCAGCCGCACAGAUAUGUGAUGAGAUUACCACAGAGGGUCUCGGUCUUGAUCUCCGGUGAGAAAUGUCAACUUGAUCGUGUUUUUGUUAAGGCCUUUGUUUGAUUCCCCCACGUGGCAAAAGGAAAUGUGAAGUGUCAAUCAAGCAGAGGCCGCCAUUUCCAUAACAAAACCCCCACCCCCUCCCCUGCGUUCACGCUGCCUUCCUGGCAGAUUGCCGCCUCGGAGGCAUAACGGUAGAGCCGGUGAAUAUCCACCCGUCUGUUUCAAACAGAACUCGUCAAAGCGGGACGUUGCUGUCUUCAUCAAGUCUGCAGUCACACGGCUGUUACUAGUUUACGCAUUCAAAUGAUUCGACGUUAGCAACAGUGUUUUCAACACAACGGGUCUGUGAACAGAAUGUUAAACUUGACACUCUGGCCGUGCCUCUGAUCCUACUUCAGAAGUCGGCAAAUUCCCAGGUUGAAUUCAACCCUCCCACUUGGGUACCCUUACGCUACGGGUUCUCAAACUAUCUAGUUCCAAGGACCUCAUUCCAACCCUAAUGCCAAUUAACAUAACUACCAUGUGUAACCCCAAUUGUCAUUGGAAUGAUGAGGUUGCUAAUAUUCCAGGGGAAAAAAAGUUGCAAUGCUAAGAUGACAAAUUCAUGUUUUUUUUUUUUAAGAAACAAAAGUUGCAAUGUUAUGAGAGUAGUAAUAUUUUUAAAGAUUAAAAAAAAAAAAAAAAGUUGAAAUCUUGACAAGAACCAAGAUGUAUUUUGUUGGGAUAGCAAAAUGUAUUUUACCAGGAUUAGGUCAUAAGAAAGGAGGAAAGAAAGACGGGUUUUAACAAGGCAAUUUCAAAAAUAUAACCUAAUUCUCUGAAUGUUACACCUUUUACUUUGGAAAAGAUGCCAUUAUUCUUUUUUUUUAAAAAAUGCAUUCUUUCAAAAGAGGGGGGGAAAACGUCUUAUUCUUGUCAUAAUAUGCCUUUUGUUCUAAAAAAAGAAAGAAAAAGAUUUCAUGCAAGGAUGUCAGAUUUAUGUGAUGAUGAGUCACAAUCACAUCCGAACUUUUAAUUGGCCCCAAGUUAAGGUAGCUAGGAGCAAUUGGUUUAUUAAGUUUGGUUUAUUGGUGUGCCAAUCCCUUGAUGUGGAUCUGUACUUUUUAAAAAUGAUACAAAAUAAUAAUUAUUUAGCGGACCCCAAUGGCUCACGGACCCCACCUUACAGGACAGCGAAUCAUGAAAAGAGGGCUUAGACAGUGUGUGAGGGGCUCCAGUGAACCCUUUCAUGCUGCCUGUCAAUGCUUUUUCCCCACGUUGCUGUUCUGUGUGGUGAAAGCCAUCAACGCGGAAUGGGAGGGACAAAGGCUAUGGGGAAAAUUCCCGGGGGGAGCGCCUGACACUCCCUUCUCCUGCCGUGUUGUGUUGAAAACAAUUGUCACAUCAGACGCUGCUGCUGACUUUAUUGCACAUAUUUUGAUCUGAUUGUGGGAUUGCGCAUGGAAACAAUAUCACGCUUUGAGCAUUUUGAUUUCCUUGAUUUGAUUUCCAGCUAAAGGUCCAUACGUACUAUUAUAUUCUUUAACAUUUCAGCAUACUGGUACUGCUUACUAGUAACCUUUUUUCCAAUACUGUAUGGCCUUUCGCCACACUAGUAGGACAACAUGCAGCAAAACUGCACAAGUUGACAUCUACGCACUACUAGUACUAAUAGUGAAGCACCACUAAGAUAAGAUUUGUUUCCACUACUGCCUUCCACUACUGUAUCACAUUUCUACAACGUUAGCAUAUUAGUAGAACAACUACUACAAGUUAAUAGUGAGGCAAAACUACAAUUGAGCAUUUUGGUGCUACCAUUAGGGUGCAGGCAGCUACUAGUGUGUGCCACAUGCCUACUAGAGGGGCAUUGUAGUGUUACUAGCGCAGCACGGUAGUUUACUAGAAAUGUUUGAAGGUCAAAGAGCGUACGAGCACAUGGAUAUCAAGGAUACCGAAUAAAUGUUCAAAUGGCUUUCCAUAGGGUUCAGUGUGAAAGGCGUAGGCGGAUAGAUGCAUGCCGGAUCUACUUGCAGGGCUCGCUAAUUUUACGGAAUCGCUGUGUAGAAGAGGCUUCCAAAAGCACAAAUGUUUCACUACUCCUUUGCUAACAUUUCUGGACAACACAUCCCAAUCCUGAACACGUACGGAGCCGUGGUGCCGUAAAGUCCUCACCUCAAGUUUUUGCACAGACUUUGUAGUACAUUCUUCUCCAUCGCUUCGGUGUGGAGCGUCAUGCACUUAGGUUGUUCAAAUGUGUCGAGGGGAAAGAGACAAGAAAGUGUAUGUACGAGGUUCAGGUCUCAGUCUGGAUCUCGCCAAGCGGUGUUGGGAAUAACAAGGAAAGGGACGUGCAAAUAUAAGUACAGUACUGUGCAAAUUAGCUUUUCUCGUUUUAAUGGCCUUUUUCACAGGAGUCAGUUGGACAUCAGCAAAUAGAAGGACAGAUCCUGUUUAGCUGUAUUACGCUAAAAAGACAAAACUGAUUUCCAUAAAUAUUUGUUAAAGGUUUGGUGCAGACAUGCUAACCACUACCUCACCAUGCUGCCCAAACCCAUUACAGGAAUUUUUCACCUCGUGAGUCAACCUGGUUUUCUUUGGUUUGGGGAAAUCAAAUUUCCACUUCUGAGUAGUACAGCAGGAAACUACAAAAACCACACCGCAUUGAACGUACCAGUUGUAACUGGUACAAAGCUAAGGGACAUCAACUGUUUUUUUUUGUUUGUUUUUUAUUAUGUUGAACAUUUUUAGCCGCAUAUCAGCCAACAAGCGACAACUAAGUUUACCCGUAUGUUCUACCCCCAUAUGCUUGAGGUUUGGCAUUCACAAAUUUGUUUAUUCACUUUUUUUUUUUUUUAACCCAUCCUGUUAUUUGCAAAAAAAAAAAAACAUCACCUAUUUGCCCUUUUUAUGCUCAGGCCAAAGCAUUAAAAGCCCCCAAAACGGAAAUUGUGUUUUGUUUCUAAAUACAUUAAAUAUGUUUGAAGUGCUGAAAAUGUGCAAAGACUGAGCACAAUAUGGUGCUGAAUUGUUGAGAUAAGGUUUAAAACUCACCUUCUAAAUCUUGCUGGUUUUGUGGGUGAGGCUAAAAAGUAUCCUCGUGGCUCUCCCACUAUAUAAACACCAAGCGCUCUUAUUCCAUGCAGUGACCAUACGGUGGAAUUUCCCGUCCUUGUUCAUAAAGAACUUCACACAUUUCUGCCAGUAUAGCAUGCAAUUGGCCAUGAAACUAUGCCCACAACUCGAAAAACUACAUCUUCCCUGAAGUAUGUGUUUUGUGUUAUCUGGACUAUGUGUCUUGCCAUCUGCCACCACGAGUUGGGUUACGAGGCAGCGGCAGGACGAGGUCUGAACCGGAUGAGAUCCGCAGCCCAUUGCCAGCCCGAAUGGAAAAAUGUAUCCACGGGGAGCGGUAUGCGUCGCGCGCUGUGGCCGCCUAAAGUGUUCACCCUUUAGGCGGCCACAGAAGCGCGUUGUCCUGCUGAAUUUCAAUGGAGGGAAGAUUGUCCCGGCCGUGCGGCUUAUGGUCAUUAUGCCGGCGCAGAGGCUGCUGCUCUGCAGCCCGUGAAACGUGUGCUAUCUCCGUCACUGGAAAUUCUACUUACGAGCUGUGAGAGAAGGAUCUAUCCUCCUGUAUUUGAUUGACAGCUGAAAGGUCCGGGGGAAGCGAUUGCCCACAGCGUCUGGAAGCUGGAAGAAUGUCUCAAUUCUUGACGAUUUUCAAGCCUGAUUUCACAUAAUUUAGAUGUGCUUUGCUACCAUCUUGCGGCAUCGAUAGGCAUUUACAAACCUUUAUUGAGUUGCGUCAGUUUUUGCUAUUUGCGGCAGGGCUCAGUCCCUACGCCCCGGGUACUUCAAAUAAUAUCUGCUUUUGUCAAUGGAAAUAGCAAGCAUAGUCGUGGCUGGCAAAGUAGAUUUUCUGGUUAUACUGUAUGCGGUCAUGAAAGGCUUGCUAAAACAGCAAACAGCUUUUUGCACAGUAUUGUAUGAAUAUGGCAUGUUACAGUUACACUCAAACUGCAAUCCAUAGUCGAUAACUCUCGAACAAUUUACAGACUCAGCUCAACUGCUCUUAUUUAUUUCCACAAAAUGACUCAUGGGUGCGCACUGUGCCGGAAGUUCACUGACAAUGAAACGGCUGCACAUGACGUUGCCACACUUGGGGGCCCAAUCAUUCUCCAUUUAUUUAUUUAAAAAGGCCGAGCUCACAAGCACAACGUGUUGAUUGUGGGUGAAUUUAUUUUUAUUUUUUUUUAACAACCAAACUGCCCAUCUCUGUUUGCUCAUGUGAAUGGUUUAUGUGUGUUUUAUGUUCGUGUAAGGAUCUUUGUUAGAUAUUUCCUUGUUUGUGAGCAUACAGUAUAUACAAAUAUGCAGAGUGCUACAGGCCACUAAUAAAUAGACACUGCAACUGAA